AUGCAGCUCACCAACCUCCUCGUCGCCAUCAUGGCCACCGCCUCCGCCGUCUCGGCCACCUGCCACACCUCAGGCGUGACCUGGAACGACAAGGCGGCCGCCCGCCGCGCCAUCACCGACGCCUGCACCAAGGGCCGCUUCUCCGUCACAUUUGGCAUCCAGGAGAAGAUCUUCCUGUGCGUCAACUCUGGCGGCAAGCAAAAGAUGGAGUUUUGGGUCCAGAACAAGGCCAACUCGCGCCGCAACUGGGACGACGCCGACUGCAUCCACCGUCUCAGCAGGGAGGUUGACGGGUGCAAUCAGAACAAGGGGGGUUACAGCAAUGUUGAUAACUGGUACUACAGGUUAGGUUGGAUGACAAGGAAGUGGACCACAUAUGGAUAUGGCCCAGGUAGGUUUGAACUACCCAAGCCAUCUACCCACAUUAAACCCUCCACAACCCUGGACCCCCCGAUAUCAACACACACUUUAUAUUCCACCCACAGAGACCAAAAAUGA